CUACAUAUAACGAAGCACCCGAAACCAAAGACUAGUCAAACACAGACUCACAACACUCAGAACUCAGUGUGAAGCAAGCAGUAUCAGCAAUCAUCAUGUCAGGCCCUGAGUGCUGCUCAAAUCCACCAACCCUCAACCCCACCGGCGGAGCUGGCCACGUUGACAAGAUCGCCGGCGUCAACGCCUAUUUCUCCGGCUCCUCUCACUCCAACCUCGCCGUUCUUCUCCUCUCCGAUGUUUUCGGAUAUGAAGCACCAAAUUUAAGGAACCUUGCGGACAAAGUUGCAGCUGCUGGCUAUUAUGUGGUUGUUCCUGAUCUCUUGAAGGGUGAGCCCUUGGACCUUGGGAACCCUGACAGGCCCUUUCCCGCUUGGAUAAAAGAUCAUGGACCGGACAAAGGUUUUGAAGAUACAAAGCCGAUAAUUGAAGCUUUAAAGAGUAAAGGUGUUUCAGCUAUUGGGGCUGUUGGUUUUUGCUGGGGUGCUAAGGUUGUGGUUGAACUUGCGAAAUCCAGACUGAUCCAAGCUGCUGUGCUAUUGCAUCCAUCGUUUGUCUCUUUGGAUGAUAUCAAGGGUGUUGAUAUUCCAAUUUCUGUACUUGCUGCUGAGAUUGACACAAUUUCUCCUCCAGAGCUUGUGAAACAGUUUGAGCAAGUCCUAGCUGCAAAAUCUCAGGUUGCCAGUUUUGUGAAAAUAUUUCCUAAAGUUUCACACGGUUGGAGUGUGAGAUACAACCUGGAAGAUACAGAAGCUGUGAAGGAAGCAGAGGAGGCCCAUCAGGACUUGCUGGACUGGUUUGCUAAACAUCUCAAGUGAGAAAUUUAGCUGGAUUGGUUUGCACAUGUUGGUUGUGGAGGAUCUAAAAUGGCUAUGCCUAUAUUUCCACAAAUGUAGCUUACAGUUUAUAAGAAAAUAAAUGCUUGAGUGGGUGUAAAAUAAAUGCUGUAUUGUUUUUUUUUUUUGGUCAUUAAAUGCUGUAUUGUUGUGUCUUGGACAAUGGACAUGGAUCGUAUUGGUAGACUCAUUGUAGUAAUAUUGCAUUCGAUUAUAAGUUUGUUGGACUUGUGAUUUAA